CGCGGGCACGCCGCUUCCCGGCAGGCUGCGCGGCGGCGGGCGGGGCGAUGGCGGCGCUGCCGGGGCCUGGCGCGGGGACCCCGGGGCCCGGGGCUCGCGACCUCUUCGCCGAGGGGCUGCUGGAGUUCCUGCGCCCGGCCGCGCGCCAGCUCGACGCGCACGUGCACGCCGUCAGGGAGAGCCAGGUGGAGCUUCGGGAGCACAUCGAUAACCUGGCCACAGAGCUUUGCAGGAUCAACGAGGACCAGAAGGUUGCACUCGACUUGGACCCAUACGUGAAGAAGCUGCUGAACGCCCGGCGCCGAGUUGUGCUGGUCAACAAUAUCCUGCAGAAUGCCCAGGAACGGCUGAGGAGACUUAAUCAUAACGUGGCCAAGGAGACUGCGCGCAGGAAGGCCAUCCUGGAGGCAUCAGGCGGCUACCCCCAGCAAGUGAAGCGUGGGGAGAGCCUGGCUGGACAGGCUGGUGCUUUGUGACUUCUGCCAAAUGGAUUCUAGAACUGGUACUAUGGGUGGGGGGGAGUGAGAGUAUCUGGCCCUGCAGGAACUGGUCUACCAUCUUACAUGCAGGGCUGAAGUUACUGGGGGGGAACAGCAUGGGAGAGAUGCACAGCUGGGUAUGGGAGGGGGGGAAGAGAGCUGCUCCUCCUGCUGCUUUCAGGGAGACCUCAGCAAGCUGGGCAGGUGGCCCUUUGCUGGCACUGAUGCUUUCCUUGUCAUCCACUGGGGUUGGGGGAGGUAGGCAGCACCUGCAAGUGCCUCUUUCAUGGUCCAUACAGGUGGCUUGUACUAAUAAGCGCCAUUCGUAGAGCGGAGGGACCCCUGUGCUAUGUACUGCUAGUCUUGGAGGUGGUACAGUAAUAAACUGCCUAGUGCUUACA